UGAUAUGAACCUUUUUAUCUGGAAAUAAAAAUGUAUUUACCCAGCUAUAAUAAUUCGCCGUCGGAUUCGGGCUUGGUCGGCGCGGGUCUGUGGGACCACAACACGGCAGCGGCUCGGUCCGCAGGGUACCGGGACCUCUGCUUCCCGGAGCCACGCACGCAUGAGCAUCCUCCCGCGGAAAGGUGGGCCGUGUACCAGGCGGGCCGUCAACCCAUAACACCGCCGAAUUUUUACCACACCUUGCCGGAGACAGCGGCGGACCCGAGUCAAACUUAUUUUCUCUACGCGGGAACCCAGCAACAGAAUCUCCUAACCCGCCAAGGAGGAACCGAGGGAAGCCGGUCGGCGGUGUUGGGUUUCGGGGGAGGAGCGGCGGAGGCGGAGGGGUCACCCGGGAAGUCGAACGGGGACGGAGGGGAAAGGAACCAGGUUGCGCCGGUCUGCGAGUCACCCGAAGCCGGGAGGAAGGACCAAGUGGACGCGCUUUAUUGCGGAGCUGCAGCAAGGAGGAGUAAGAAGCGUUGUCCUUACUCCAAGCAGCAGAUCAGAGAGCUGGAGAAGGAAUUCCUCUUCAAUGUCUACGUCAAUAAACAGCGACGUGCUCAGCUCUCCCGUCUCCUGCACCUCACUGACCGGCAGGUGAAGAUCUGGUUCCAGAAUAGAAGGAUGAAGGAGAAGAAGCUGGGCAGAAUGCAGUUCUAUACCAACGGACCUCAAUAUCUCACGGGUGUGUGAAUUGGAGAUGAUUAGGUGUCAAAUUUCUGGGAUCUAAAUGUCUUCCAUUGCAGCAG